AAAGGGCCAUAAACCCUAGUCAUGUAAUGAGGCGGAAACGUGAUUUCCAAAAGGACACGUGUCAUCAGCUUAAUACCUGAGCCUUUUCUUCUGCUUGCCGUGAAAUCAGCAGAACAAGAACAAGGAUUGCUCUAUAACUUCUCCCUUUCUUUUACACUCUCUUCUUCUUCUUCAUAAUACUCUACUCUUUUUCAUUCACUGUUUUAUCUAUAAAAUCUUUUUCUUCUUCAAUUUCGAACCCAUUAAAACAGAGAGAGAGAUGGAACAGAGUAAUAGCGAUUGGUCAGAGAGUGAGAUUGAAACUGCUCAAAUUCUUACUCAUUUGCAUCAUACUUUCUCCUUGUUCAGCCAUGUACCUUACUCAUGGGUGUGCAGAAAGAAGAGAUCUGCAAUUCAUAAUGGCGGCGGCGCAACCACCAUCGUUGUUCCUCCUCCUCCUCCUCCUCCAUCUUCUAACGCCGUUAACGUGAAAGCUUCAAGUCCAACAACCCCUCAUUCGUUUCCAACAACUGAAUCAGAUGACAAAAUUAAACAUUCCGAAAGAACUACUUCUCUCAAAAGGAAGAAAGAGCACUAUCUUAAUAUUAUUGAAGAUUUGACGAAAACUAAAGACUCCAUCACUCAAGAGAUUGCAAAUGUGAAACGUGAUUGUGAACAAUUGAAGCUCGUCAAUUCCAAAUUGAAAGCAAAGGGAAAAGCGCUAAAUAUUAAUGGUCCCAAUGGUGAAUACAAAAUUUCCAAUAUAGAAAUUAAUAAGGCAAUGAAACGGAAUGAUAUCAUCAAAAAUUCGUUCAACAAUUCCAAUUCCACUACUAAAAAUGAAGAGCACAAAAUACAAAUGCACAAUUAUCAUGCCAAGAAUUUUGGGGUUGAUCCAACGACGUCGUUGGGAGUGGCAUCAUCGACAUCUUCAAUGGGCCGGAACAGUGAUAAUACGAGCCCAUUAUUCAUUCCUGAUUUGAACAUAUCAUUUGAAGCAAUUAAAGAUUUGAGUAAAGUAAGGGAAGCUCAAGCAAGACAGAGAAGGAUUCACAUUUUGAGACUCAAGAAAAAUAAUGCUAAACAACAUCAAUCUUCUUAUAGAUAGUUCUAACAUAUCUGAGUUCGAUUUCGAUUCUGAUUUAAACUCAAAAUAUUUUAUAGAAUGUUCUGAUGAUCAAAUUAUUAUUGAGGUGUUACAAUGCAAACAGCUUUGUUUUAGUUUUUUUAUC